CCCUCCCCGGCCAACUUCCUUCCAGCCUUUCCUGGGCUGGAGCGUCCCCGCAGCGGCGGCGCGGGGGGAAGGAGGCAGCCGGAGGAGCCAGGACAGGAAGCGGGUUCCUCGCUGCGCUCCCGGAGGCAAGAGAGCGGGGCCGGCGGCUCGCUCGGCCUCUGCCCGGGGUGCGGUCCGUGUCCCCCGCUAGCGGGGCGCCGAGGAACCAGGCGGGGUUUGCUCGGGGAGCGGGGCCCGGGACAACACCCGCCUCCCCCCCCUGAGCCAUCGUCCUGCCCGGCCGCGGGCACCGCUCCGGCGCCCCCCGCUGAUGAGAAGCCCGCCGGGCCCGGGCUGUGCGCGCCGCGGCCGCCUGCCUGCCGGGCAGCCCCCUCUGGCCCGGACCUGCCGGCGGAGCGCUGCGGCGGGAGCCCCCAUGUCCCGCGCCGGGCGCGGGGCAGGGGCGGCGGUGUGAGGGGCAGCGCGCCGGGCAGCGGCAGGAGCGGGGCGAGCCGCUGGCGGGACUAACUCAUGAAGAACAAGGGAGCGAAGCCGAAGCCGAAGAGGAAGGGAGCCGCGGGCGCCUUCGGCUGUGACCUGACGGAGCACCUGGAGAGCUCGGGGCAGGAUGUCCCGUACGUGCUGAGGAGCUGUGCCGAGUUCAUUGAGACCCACGGCAUUGUGGAUGGAAUCUACCGGCUCUCUGGAGUGACAUCCAACAUACAGAAGCUGAGGCAGGAGUUUGGCUCUGAUCAAUGUCCAGACCUGACAAGGGAAGUUUACCUUCAGGACAUUCACUGUGUGGGGUCACUCUGCAAGUUGUACUUCAGGGAGCUGCCAAACCCCCUCCUCACUUAUGAGCUCUACAAGAAAUUUACGGAGGCAAUAUCUCGCUGCCCGGAGGAGGAGCAAUUGGCCCGUAUUCAAAAUGUCAUCCAGGAACUUCCACCAUCACAUUACAGGACUUUGGAAUACCUGAUCAAGCAUUUGACUCACCUGGCCUCCUUCAGCAACAUGACCAACAUGCACACCAGGAACCUGGCCCUCGUGUGGGCACCUAAUCUCCUCAGGUCGAAGGAGAUCGAGGCUGUUGGCUGCAAUGGGGAUGCAGCUUUCCUGGAGGUGCGAGUCCAGCAGUUGGUCAUUGAGUUUAUCUUGAAUCACGUGGAUCAGAUCUUCAGCAACAAUAUAAAAACCAGCUCCAUGGAGAAUGAUGAGAAUAUGCCCAUUGUGAAGAGUCUGACACUGCCCUCUGCCUCCCUGCCUAUGAAACUGGUGAGCCUGGAAGAAGCUCAGGCACGGAGUCUGUCAGCCUCCCACCCUGCCCGGAAAGAGAGGAGAGAGAACAGCUUGCCUGAAAUUGUCCCAGUCACUGGAUCCUUCUUCCACACUGUCGUCGACCUACCUGACAGCAAGAGAAAAUUGUCCACCAAAUCCAAGAAAUGGAAGUCAAUAUUUAACCUGGGCCGGUCUGGAGCAGAUUCAAAAUCAAAACUGAGUCGAAAUGGGAGUGUGUUUGUGAGAGGGCAGAAACUCUCUGAAAAAGCAACUAUUCGACCAGCUAAAAGCAUGGACUCUCUGUGCUCCCUGCCUGUAGAAGGGGAGGAUGAGAAAGGCCGGUUCAAACGCACAGUCACUGCUGGAGGGUUUUUCAUCCCGGUGAUGAAAACGCGGACAGGAGGCGCAAGCAGCUCGGGUGACCUCAGCAAGGAGAGUGAGUGGGACCGUGAGGGGGCCCCAGCGGGGGCCGAGGGAGGCUCAGAGCUCAGCAGGGAUAAAGCUGGCCCCAGGGCCCCCCAGGCAAGGCCGCCCCCCGAGCAGUUGAAGGUGUUCCGGGCCAUGGAGGACACUGAAAGCGAGCAGACCUCCCCAAAGACAUGCCGCAUGUUCUACACCUCCGAGACAGCCUCCAAAUCAGGCUUCCCCAGCAGCCUCUUCCCUCUGGAAGCUUCCCCCCGGCACCAGCGGAAAGUCCUGAAUAUCUCAGAGCCCUUUGCCGUUUCCGUGCCCCUUCGGGUGUCCGCAGUCAUCAGCACCAACAGCACCCCAUGCCGCGUGCCUGCCAAGGACAAGCCUGCCCUCUCCAGCCUGGAGGAAUCAUCCGCUCUGGGGCCGGGCAGUGCUGCUCUCACAGCGCCGGAAGGGGAUGGCCAGCCCAGGACUGAGCAGGCCACAGACAAGGAGGAGAACCAGCCCAGGGCUGAGGCUGCACCACGUGAAGCUAGUAGAGGUUCUACCACCGAGGAACUGAUGGCAGCCAAGAAGCCUGAGUCCUCGGAAACCUCAAAGCCAACAACAGAAAACCAGGAGCUGUUAGGCAGUGGCAGCAGCACUAGUGGCAGGCAAGCCCCAGAGCAGAGCCCUGGCUUGAAACAGACACCAGCACCAGAGGGCCCGGCAGGCCUGCACUCGGCAGGUGAGAUCGAGCAAGGCCAGCUCAGGCCGCAGGAAAACCCCUCAGAGAGAGGCAGCCGGCAGCAGGAGACACCAAGGGUUAAAGCAGAGGAGGCCUUGUUCCCGAGAGAGCUGGCUGAAGAUGCUGCUGCCAAUGCCCUGAUGGAACCGCUGUGGCCGGAGAUUCAACAGGAACUCAAAAUUAUUGAAUCUGAAGAGGAGCUCUCAUUCUUGCCUACAGAUGUCCCCAAGACAGGCCCACACCAGCCUGCGUCCUCUGCUUCACCACAAACAGACAGCUUCUCUUCUGGUUCUGUGCUUGCCGUGACACUGGCUGAACAGGAAACUCCAUCCAGAACCCCACAGGUCAUAUCUCAGUUGCCUUUAUUUGGUGCCACCUCCAAAGAAAGUUCAAAGGAGCCUGGCAGCCUCCAGGGUGAUAAACCUGAAGUGGUAGCACAGCGUGACUGCUCUCCUAACAUACCUGAACUGGAUACUGUCCUGUCUGGGACAGCUUCUCCAAAGAACCAUCUAGUGCUGGAGAAUGUCAGCAGUGAUCUUCCACCUCCCCACCAAGACCAGAAGCUUUAUGAUGAGAAGCAGCUCAUUGAGGGUCCUUUAAAAGAAGAUGUCUCAGAUAACAAAGGGAUGUGUCCAGACCAAGCCAAGGAGAAAGGCAACACUGGCCUGCUGCAUAGCGAAAAGGAUGGCAUUGCUGUAGGCCAGGAUGGAGUCUUGACCCAGAGGGAGAAGCCUGAUAGAGUGGCUGCUGGAGAUGGCCUGAUCUCAUCAAAGAGGGCAAGUGGAGCUGGAGCCCAGAAGCCCAAAGAGGGCGGCAUGGCUAAUAGAGCCCAGGACUCUUUCGACCAUGAAGAGGAGGAUGCAUGGACAGACAAUGUCCAGGGCUUUGAGCUGGUAGAGCCAUGGGAGGAUCACCAGUGGGUCACCAGCCCGCUCCAUUCCCCCACCCUCAAGAACCUCCAGGAAAAGGCAAUGCAGGACUUCCAGUCACAGAGCUAUGGAGUGGAGAGGGGCCUUUCUGUUCGGCCACGGUUCAGUCGCAGUCUUUCUCUGGAUAGCAAAGACAUGGUGCUGAGUGCGUGGGCUAUCCAGCCACCUCUCACAAGUGCAGCUGAAGAGCUCCCACGUGGCUGCACUAGAUCGGGGACCAGGGACCUGUUAGAAACACUGCCAACCUCACCACCCAGGCCAAGCCACAUCGAGCGAGCCGAGACCUGUCUGAGUCCUCAAGAGGACUCUUUAGAGCCUGAGGGAUCAAGUGAUGCCCUGAGCAGUGAGGCAGAGCCUGCAGAAGGGAGGCUGCUAGCCAGGCAUGAGGAACUGCACCUUGCCUCUCUUUCAGAGCCAGGGGAGAAGGUAGUGGAUGGCAACAAAGAAAACCCUCAGGACUUAACGCCCAAGUUGCCUUUUCCACACUGUAAUACCCAAGAUGGUUUCUUGCAGGCAAAGAAAAUAGAUGAAGAUCCAUCCAGGCCUCAGGAUGCUGCCCCCAUUGGAGUGGCUGUCACCAAAGGGCUGUGUUCCACCGGCGAGUCACAGCUGAGUAACAACAAAGGCGAAGACGCACCCCGUAAAGUGAGAACCAGGCCAUCGUCUCUCAACUUGGAUUCACUCCUCCCUGCCCCCGAUUUCUUCAAGUUUGACAACCUGGCGGUGCCCACUUCACCUGGAAACCUCUUAUGUGUGCAGAAGGAAGGGAAGAGCAGCGAUUCUGUCCUGUCACUGCCUGCUGCCUGCCCUGCCAGGAACAAAGGUGACCCCUGGGGAUCUCGCUUUGAUCCCCGGGAGCUAGACCUGGAUUACAUGGCAGUGGCCCACGCUGCCACCGGCCGUCGUAACUCUGCCCCUGUGAGCGUGUCGGCGGUGAGGACCUCCUUCAUGAUUAAGAUGUGCCAGGCCAGAGCUGUGCCAGUGAUACCGCCCAAGAUCCAGUACACACAGGUCCCACAGCCGCUGCAGACUCAGAACGCCGACCGGGACAUCCCUGCAUCGCUGGGGAGGAAGGAAACAGAAGCUCACUCAGCCAGCAGGCAGCCCCCCCGAGCAGCUUGGGGACAGCUGGAGCCCCCAAAGAGCCCUCGGGUAGAGAAGAAAGCCAAAGAGGAGAAAGAAAACAGUGACCCAACUCAAAUGGGUUCAACUUCUUCUAGGCAUGGCAGCCUCAACCCUCUGCCAGAUCUCUCCCUCUCCAGUCAUAAUUCCACCCAGGAGGUGCCCGUGCUGCGCCGAAAGCACACUUCAGAGAGGGAGACCGCAGGAGACAACCCACAAUCUUCAAAAAUGGAGAGGCCAUCGGGAUUUUCCAAGCCUUCCUACAGAUCCAGACCAGGAAGGCCCCAGAGCCUUAUCCUCUUCAGCCCACCCUUCCCCAUCAUGGACCAUCCAUCUUCCUCAGCAGACUCCAGGGUGUUGUUAUCACCCAUAAGAAGCCCCUCUCAGAGCAACUCUCCAAACCCUAUUUGUGGCGAUCUGUCUGGGAACCUGCAGACAACACCUGAGGGGGUCACUCUGCGGAACAAAAUGACCAUCCCCAAAAAUGGGCAGAGACUGGAGACCUCCACCAGCUGCUUUUACCAGCCCCAGAGGAGGUCAGUGAUUCUCGACGGGAGAAGCGGGAGGCAGAUAGAAUAACGCCAGCUCACCUCACCCCUCUUCCCUGGUGGAUGAGAUGGGAGUGCCCACCUUGAGACCAACUGUGCUGUUGUUGUUGUUGUUGUUGUUAUGAUUAUAAAUAUUCUAUGCAAAAGGGACACAAAUCCUUUAUUUCCUCAUGCAGAGCAUUUUGCUACUGAGGUUCUCAUUCUCUUUGUCUCCCUCUCUCCUUUUCGGGAAACCCCACAGUAUCUGCUCUAUGGAAAAAAAUUCCUAAGGAAGUUUGUUUUCUUCAGUGUCACCCUCUGUCUGAAAAAAAACAUGGCAUGGUCCAAUGGACAUGUAUGCGAAGGAGGUAAGACCAGAGGGUAUAUUUUUCUCCCUUGCACCCCCAGGCGAUGAUGCAGGACCAUCUGUCCAGCCAUCCCUGCUGUACUGCUCUGGAUAGCGUAAGCAAACUGCAGAGGAGAAUGGUGAUAGCUGAAGGUGAGAAGGUAAAGCUGACCUGUAAAGAUCACACUGAGUGCGUUAACCUAAAGAGCUUUCAAAGCAAACACUCUGUCUUGAAGACAUUGCCUACAGCUGUUCUCUUGUAACACAGAAUGCAGAAUGUGCAAUGUCUGCAAUGAAGGUAGCUGAACAACAUAAGCCCAGCUUCCCUUUCAACUUAGUGAUUUCCACUUGCCUGGCUGUCUUGCAGUCAGUCCCUCCUUAUUUGUUGGGGGUUGGCUUGUACCUGGUGCUCUGGUUCCAAGGUGGUAGAGAUCACUCUGGCUUAAUUUAGUGAAAAGAAGGUUCUGGCCAAACAAAGACCAAGAGUGUCAGUUUUCAAUUAAGCCUAGGGCUUAAUUACCUGGCCACAGAGUUCCCCAGUCGCUCUUCGCACCUGCAGCUGCACAGUGGGAUCUGAGCAGCUAGACAAGAUCAUGAGAAUCCUCUGAUCAGCACAUCCUUGGCCAAUGCCCCCUCCCCUCCUGGUUUGCAUGUUCCCAGCCACUGGCCUCUUGCACUUCAGAUUCCUGAGAUUUGAGGCCAGCUCACUGAAUGCCUGGCUGACUUUUACCUCCCCGGCCGUUGGUGCUUUCAAAUUGAUUAGGAGGAACAUGCUAGAGAGGAUGAUUUGUUGGUGCACACGAAUGGAGGAGCAACAUGCAUGUUAUGGGAGGGAAUUCAGCUGGAAUUAAACUGUAUCCCGAGGGUCUGUUAUCAUUACUGUCAAUAUGUGAUCAUACAGGAACAGCUGCCAUAGGAAUGGAAUUAAGGCUUCUGCUACAAAGUCUUUGACUUAGGGUUAAAUGCAGGCUCAUCUGUCAGCUGGUGUGUGACCAGGGGCAGCUCCAGGCACCAGCGCUCCAAGCACAUGCCUGAGGCGGCAAGCCGUGGGGGGCAGCCUGCCGGUCACCGUGAGGGCGGCAGUCAGACAGCCUUCGGUGGCAUGCCUGCGGGAGGUCCGCCGGUCCUGCGGUUUCGGCGGCAAUUCAGCGGCGGGUAUACCAAAGGCACAGGACCGUGGGACCUCCCACAGGCAUGCCGCCGAAUCUGCGUUGCCAGCAGACCUCCUGCAGGUGCGCCGCCAAAGGCUGCCUGACUGCCAUGCUUGGGGCGGCAAAAUACAUAGAGCCGCCCCUGUGUGUAUCCAGAGGCAAGUGCAUGGCUUUGUAUUAUCCUCCGUGUCUCCACAGUUCAGAUGUCGCUAGUGACCUUGAAGUAGAGAGAGACACCAGUACUGAUACAAUCCUAGUAAUGGUGUCCAUAAGGGCCAUUCUUAGCCAGUCUUAAAGCUCAUAGUCCUUCUGUGAGCUAGCUUGGGCUGUGGUAGGAAUAGUAACUGAGCAGCUGCAAGGGCAGGCCUAUGACUCCCAUAGCCAAUGACAAUCAGGAGAUGCUCCCAUCCAAAGUUAUAAAUUAAUUAACAUCUGUUAGUUAUCUGUGUUUAGAUCUUUAUUUGAAGGCACCUGCAUUCUCAGUGUCUCAGGUGAAGUGUCUGCUGGUCUGCAAACCCAGCCAAUGGGGCCAUUCGGUCUGGGUGGAGAGUAAACUGCCAUGUCAUUGGUCUGGUUGGGACUAGAGGUGUAUAGGCUCCAAGAACCAGGGAUGAUUCCCCACCACCUGGCAUCCAAUUUUGUUAUUUAUUCCUGUGCAAAGCGAGGACAAAUUACUGAAUCAGAAUGCUGUGCCCUUUGACACCAUCUUACCAUUUGACCCCUGCUUUGCCCGGAUGUAAAAGACCACACAAGAGGCAAGGUGUUGGAGAAUUAAACCCAUGCGGGUUCAUAAACUCAGAUGGGAUAGUAGUCUGGAAAGAACCUAGAAUCCCCACCCAGAUUCAUGCUUUCCCAUAAACUUCAGCAGAGGUUUUACCUGAGUAAGCACUGUGGGAGCUGGGCCUGAGCAUGCAGCCCAAAGCAGUGAUCUCCUCCUGGCUCCUGCCUACGCAAAACCCUCCGCAGCUCCCAACUAAACGAGGGCAUAGCUAGUUCUCCAGCUUUCAUUGAACGUGAUACAGCAUGAAGCUGCAGUUCCACAUAUGCCAAGAGCCCUUGUGUAGCUCCUCUCCGGUGGAGGUAACCAUCACCGCAGAGUUAACAGGAAAUGAUGGAAGUAGGUUAGCUGCAAUAUUUAGGGGUUCAUUACACAAUUCUGCAAAAGGUAAUGUGACUGGAAAGGAUUCCCAGGUUUUUCAGUUUCAGGGAAUUAUUUUGGGUCGUGACUUACACCUUUCCUCCGACCUUGUAGGAACCCAACCAUUGCGGCAUUGUGCUAAUGACUGGGAACCGGAAGGUGAAAGUAGAAAUAGACUAGGCUAGAUUCACAAAGUGUACUGUCCAAAAAAACAACAACAACAACAAAAUGAAAAUCUGACUCCUUAAAUUCUUUCAUUUAAUCAAACCUGUUACUGAAAUGGAGGCAAAGUCACUCUAUAGAAAUAUAGAAUUUUAAUCUUGACAGUGCCCCUUCAAGAAAUAAGGCUGUAGGGUUAAGUGGGAAAACCCUUCAAGGGAAGAUCACUUUAUUCGGAAAUGCUACCUAACACACUAUUAAAGCCUGGACCCAAACACCACAUCCUUUGAGGGUCUUCAAAAUUUGAGCCUGCUCCCAGAUCUGGAUUUUAUAAAUGAGCAUUCUCUUGAUAGUGGGUAAAACCUUGGACGUGAACAUCUCCAAAUCUUGUGGUGUCUGAAGUCUGAUCCAAAUUUUGCAGCUUGAUCCCAUUUCUAGUUGAAAACUAACUGGCUUCAGCUGGUGCAUAAAGUACUAAGGGAGGCCCCAGAGACAGACAGCUCUUGUGGCAAGCUAGGGAAGGUCUAGCAGAAACAGUCCUGUGCUUAUAGAAUCAUAGGACUGUAGGACUGGAAGGGACCUCAAGAGAUCAUCUAGUCCAGCCCCUUGCAUUCAUGGCAGGGCUAAGUAUUAUCUAGACCAUCCCUGACAGGU